CCAACCCGCAAUUGUAACGCGAAAAGUAUCUGUCUCUAAAGCUUGUCUUACCCUGUUAUUCCAUUUCUUAAAUUUUUUAGUAGUUCCAUAACGCGAGAAGAACAAAACAAAAAAAUGAAAGAAUCGAAAAUUGCUGAAUUUUACCAAGACAAAAGCAUUUUCAUUACUGGUGCAACAGGAUUUAUGGGAAAAGUGCUUGUGGAAAAACUAUUGAGAUCCUGUCCCGGAAUAGAACGCGUUUAUCUCUUGUUGAGACCUUCAAAGGGAAAGGAUGUCACUUGUCGUCUUGAAGAGCUCAUCAACAAUGAAGUGUUUCACGCCUUGCGACAAAAUCAACCGGAGAUUGUUAAGAAACUGAUUCCCGUGGCUGGUGACAUUUCUUUAACAUCUCUUGGCCUCUCGGCUGCUGAUCAAGAGCUUCUAAAUUCAUCCGUUUCCGUCGUUUUUCACACUGCGGCACGCAUUAAUUUUGACGACAAUCUUCGUGAGGCGAUUGACGCGAACAUUAAAGGCCCACAAAAAGUCAUCGCAUUUUGCAGUCAAUUAAAAAAUUUGCAGGCUUUCGUCCACGUAUCUACCGUAUUCAAUAAUUUGGAUAAAGGGGAGAUAGACGAAAUCGUUUAUCCGUCACACCUGGAUCCUCUGAAGUUAACGGAAUUUGUAGACAGCAUGGAUGACCAACUUCUUGCCAGCAUAACUAAACAGCUAGUGGGAAAUUGCCCAAACGUUUACGCGUUCACGAAGGCAUUGGGAGAACAAGUGCUUCAAAAAUAUUGCAGUGAAAACAAAAUCCCCUUGGCUAUUGUGAGACCUUCGAUUGUUACGUGUUCGUUACAAGAGCCCAUUCCGGGAUGGAUUGACAACCUUAAUGGACCUAGUGGCUUCAUCGUUGGCGUUGGAAAGGGAUUGUUACGAACUGCUAUAACAGACUGUAAUCUAGUUGGAGACAUGAUUCCCGUUGAUACUGCCAUCAAUUUGAUGAUCGCCGCGGGUUGGAAGAGCGCAAUUGGCGGAAUGCAACAAGACAACGAAGCGAAAGUGUACAAUUGCGUAACAGGAUCGCAUAAUCCUGUCACUUGGCGUAUGUUUAAUCAAUACGGCAUGGCUGGCUGGAUGGAAUAUCCAACAAAAGACAUGGCAUGGUAUCCCAGCAUCAAUUACCACACUCGCCAAAUACCUUAUAAAAUUGAGCAAGCAAUUUACCAUUAUCUGCCGGCUUAUUUCUUUGAUUUUGUUGCUCGAGUUAUCGGGAAGAAACCUAUUAUGGUCACCCUGUACAAUAAAAUCCAUCGAGCAUUAACAUGCCUGGAUUUUUACGUGGUACGUGAAUGGAAAUUUGUCAGCAACAAUCCCAUUCAGCUGUUGGAAGAAAUGACUCCCGACGAUCGGCGCAUGUUUAAUUUUGAUGUCCGUGACAUCAAUUGGGAAAGCUACAUUACCAACUACAUCCUAGGAUGCAGGAGGUUCCUGCUUAAAGACAACAUACAGACGUUACCAAUCGCCAAGAGAAAUUUGAACAGGUUAUACUGGUUGAGGAUUCUACUGCGCUUCAUUCUACUCCUUGUGUUGGGAUUUAUUUUCUACAAAUUUUUCUUUUAACAUUCUUCAAUCAAAUGCGAUUUAUCAAGUUACCAAGAAAAGUAUUAUACGGCAUGGUAGAACCAUUCUGCGUUAUUCCUAUAUCACAAACAGAAAGAAAAUCACACAAUGUUCAUCAGCCUUUGCGGGUUUGCAGGUUUGUUCAACUUUUCGCAAUACACAUGAAAUGCAAAACAUUCACGUAAAAACUUAAACGUUUGUUUUGGCAAUACAAUUGUAUAAAGUUUCAA